AUGUUGCGCCUCGCGGCCAGGCUGGUGGCUUUCUUCUGGAGGAAAGAGGACGCCCCGGACGAGGAUGUCCGACAGCCGGGACAAGAGCUCGCGGAAGGGGAUACCAGGUUGAAAACCGUGCAGGGUGUUGUGACAAGGUACUGCAGUGAUUAUGGAAUGAUUGAUGAUUUGAUCUACUUCUCCAAUGAUGUUGUGACAAGCAAAGUGCUUCUGAAUGUUGGACAGGAAGUUAUUGCAAUUGUGGAAGAAAAUAAAGUAUCAAAUGGACUGAAAGCAAUCAGGGUGGAACCUGUCUCUGAUAAAUGGGAGGACGAUAGCAAAAACAGUGGUAAACAGUUGUCAGACUCCAGCCCUCGAGUGCUGAUUGGCUGUGUGACUUCCCUGUUGGAAGGUGCUGGCUACAUCAAUCAGACCACAUACUUUUCUCUGGAGACUGUGUGUGAAGGUUUCCAGCCAUGUAAGGGAGAUUGGGUAGAGGCUGACUACUGGAUCAGGCCAGGUACAUGGAGCAGUGAGGCCAUCUCAGUGAAGCCGCUGAGAUACAAGCGUGUGGACAAGGUCUGCAUCUCCAGCCUGUGUGGGAGGAACGGGGUGAUAGAGGACAGCAUCUUCUUCAGCCUGGACUACCUGAAGUUGCCUCAGGGGUACAUACCAAGAAGACAUGACGUCGUCAAUGCCGUGGUGGUGGAGAGCAGCCAAUCGUGCUACAUAUGGAGAGCACUGUGCAUAACCCCUGUGAAAAGAGAUACUGCCACCAUUGGCGAGACCUCCGAGGAGCUCUGUGGAACCCUCUUACUGAAAAACAAAGGUGAUGUUGAAGUUACAAAGUUGACAAAUUUUGGAACACUUAAGGAAGGGGAAAGUAGAACUAUGAUGAUCUGGAUAGAGAACAAAGGAGAAACUUCUCAAGUACUCAUCAGCUGCAGACUGGCUGGCUGGGAUAAAGCUCAGCAAUUCAGAUUUGAAGCACAGGGCAAAGGCCAGGCCUGGCCAGAGGCCUCUCUUGUUUCUGUUCAUGAGAGGGAUUUUUCAGAUGAAAGUGUUAAUGCACUAAAUAGCUACAGAAAGAACAAAACUGAUGAGAUGCUGAGCAGUGUGGUGGACAAAGAAGUCUUUCCAGAUGACUCUGCCUGUAAGGGAGAAAGAAGAAACUCUCCAUCAAAGAAGCAGGAACCUGAGCCUGAGGGACUCAUCCUGCCUGGAGAAAAAACCUUUAUUGUAGUUGCCUGUGAUGCCAAAAACCCUGGCCGCUGCAAGGAACUCCUUCUGCUUUGUUUUUCUAACUUUCUCAUUGGGCGAUACCUUGAAGUAACUGUUGUGAGCAGUGAGGAGGCACUGGUAGCUGUGCGUGAACCAUUCUCUUGGAAAAAACCAAAGAUUGCCCAGACCUUAGUGACUGCAAAAACUACAGUUGUCGUGACUACACAGAAAAGGAAUUCAAGACGACAACUCCCAAGUUUUCUUCCGCAAUAUCCAAUUCCAGAUAGACUGAAAAAGUGUGUGGAACAGAAGAUUGACAUCCUUACUUUCCAGCCGCUACUUGCAGAGCUUUUGAAUAUGUCAAACUACAAGGAGAAGUUUUCCACACUGCUGUGGCUUGAGGAAAUCCAUGCAGAAAUAGAACUAAAGGAGUACAAUAUGAGUGGAGUUGUCCUGAAGAGGAAAGGGGAUUUGCUGGUGCUGGAGGUCCCAGGGCUGGCUGAGAGCAGACCUUCCCUCUAUGCAGGUGACAAGUUAAUUUUAAAAUCUCAAGAAUACAACGGGCAUGUCAUUGAGUACAUCGGUUAUGUCAUUGAGAUUCAUGAAGAGGAUGUAACACUUAAACUUAAUCCAGGAUUUGAACAAAUGUACAACUUUGAGCCUAUGGAUGUGGAGUUUACAUAUAAUAGGACCACGAGCAGACGGUGUCAUUAUGCACUUGAACAAGUCAUUCACUUAGGAGUAAAAGUAUUGUUUCCCGAAGAAAUCAUUUUACAGUCUCCCCAGGUGACAGGAAACUGGAACCUUGCACCAGACACUAAAAGUGACAGACAAUCCAUCACCAAGAGCAAGAAAACCGUAAAGGACCAAACUAAACAUGCAACUAAGGAGAGGCAUGAAGAUGCCACAAACUUGCCUGGAAUAGCCACCUGUGCUUCAGAGACUAUGGAUGAAAUUCAGAUUCCUAAAGCAAGAGAUAAGGAAUUCUUCAAUCCAGUGCUAAAUGAAAAUCAGAAGCUAGCAGUUAAAAGAAUUCUGAGUGGUGACUGCCGCCCGCUCCCAUAUAUUCUUUUUGGACCUCCUGGAACUGGGAAGACCGUGACAAUAAUUGAGGCUGUUUUGCAGGUACAUUUUGCUUUGCCGGACAGUCGGAUUUUGGUCUGUGCCCCCUCCAACAGUGCCGCUGACCUUGUGUGUUUGCGACUGCAUGAGAGCAAGGUGUUAAGGCCAGCUGCCAUGGUCAGGGUGAACGCCACCUGCAGGUUUGAGGAGACCAUCAUUGAUGCCAUCAAACCAUAUUGCAGAGAUGGGGAAGAUAUCUGGAAAGCCUCGCGCUUCAGGAUAAUAAUCACCACCUGCAGCAGUGCAGGGCUUUUUUACCAGAUAGGAGUAAGAGUUGGAUACUUUACACAUGUAUUCGUGGAUGAGGCGGGGCAGGCAAGUGAACCAGAAUGCCUGAUUCCUCUGGGGCUAAUUUCAGACAUCAAUGGCCAGAUUGUGCUUGCUGGAGACCCCAUGCAGCUGGGCCCAGUCAUCAAGUCCCGGUUAGCCAUGGCCUAUGGGCUGAACGUAUCCAUGUUGGAAAGGCUGAUGUCACGACCAGCAUACCUGAGAGAUGAGAAUGCCUUUGGUGCUUGUGGUGCAUAUAAUCCCCUUUUGGUCACAAAGCUGGUGAAGAACUACAGGUCCCACUCAGCUCUACUAGCACUGCCCUCUCGCUUGUUCUACCAUAGGGAGCUCGAAGUAUGUGCUGACCCCAAAGUAGUGACCUCACUGCUAGGCUGGGAGAAGCUGCCCAAGAAAGGUUUUCCACUCAUCUUCCAUGGGGUGAGGGGAAAUGAGGCACGUGAAGGGAGAAGCCCAUCGUGGUUCAGCCCGGCAGAGGCUGUCCAAGUCAUGCGCUAUUGCUGCCUUCUAGCCCGGAGUGUCUCCAGCCAGGUGUCUGCCAAGGACAUUGGUGUCAUCACACCCUAUCGGAAGCAGGUGGAGAAAAUAAAAAUCCUUCUGCGAACUGUUGAUUUGAUGGACAUAAAGGUUGGAUCAGUAGAGGAGUUUCAGGGACAAGAAUACUUAGUCAUCGUCAUUUCAACUGUACGGUCAAAUGAAGAUAGAUUUGAAGAUGACCGAUAUUUUUUGGGUUUCUUGUCCAAUUCAAAAAGAUUUAAUGUUGCAAUUACAAGACCCAAAGCUUUGCUGAUUGUUCUGGGAAACCCUCAUGUGCUUGUCAGAGAUCCCUGCUUUGGAGCUUUGCUGGAAUAUAGUGUUACAAAUGGUGUUUACACAGGAUGCGAUCUACCUCCUGAACUGCAGGCUCUGCAAAAGUGAAGUUCUCGUUUUCUCCCCUAAAAGAAUGACUAACUUUUGGACCCCUCCUCCAUUGGCCCUUAUUCAGGACCUUACAUACCCCACCCCACCACGGCCUCUGGACCCAGUCUCACUGCUUCCUUUUGCUCUCUUGGCUUUUGGAUUACAGCAACCAUUCUCUUCUGGACAUUAGGGGUGAAUACCACCCUUCCCUGUUACAGAACAGGUAAACAAUGUGCCCUUUGUAAAAGCCUCAUGGAGAAAAGAGUAUAACUCUCAGCCCAUUGUGAGAACCAAGCUCCACAUAUUCAGAGCCACCACACCCCCAGCUGUGAUUAGACUGCAUGCUAGUGUCUGUGGGGACAGAAGAGUUAGGUGUACUCAAAUAGUAGCCAACAACAGGAAGACCAAAUACUCCCCUUGUGAACCCCUAGACCUAGCCACUCUCCUUUUCCCUUCCUGUGGGUGGGGUGGGCUAGCUGGGCCUCCUGAGCUGUUUCUGCUGCUGACCUUAGUUCACAACAGUAUAUUCCUGCCACUGGGCAGUCAUUGCCACUGCCUUGAUCCAAAAUAAACACUCCAGCAACCCCAGACCCCAUUCUAUCUCAAGAUGUGGUUGUCAGUGAUUCACAGACUUCUGUGAACUUUGUUCCCUAGUGAUACAGUCUUUGGAAUUGUCACCACCAUCCCGUACUCCAUCCUGAUCAGACAUGUGUGAGGCAACACA